AUGGCCAAGAUCAAGUCCAUCGAGUACUUCCGUGUGAAGCCCCGCUGGUUGUUCGUCAAGGUCACCGAUGAAGACGGUCAAUAUGGCUGGGGUGAGGGGACGCUGGAGGGCCACACCCUGGCCGUCGAAGGCGCACUGGACGAGAUCAUCGCGCGCAUUGUUGGCUUCGAAGCCGACGACAUCGAGCAUAUCUGGCAAUAUGUGUGGCGAUUGGGAUUCUACCGUGGUGGCCCGGUGUUCAUGUCCGCCCUCUCGGGCAUUGAUAUCGCGCUGUGGGAUCUGAAGGGCCGCCGCCUGGGUGUGCCGGUGUUCCAGCUGCUGGGCGGCAAGGUGCGCAACAAGGUGCAGGUGUACUGCUGGAUUGGCGGCGACCGGCCGAGUGACGUCGAGGCCAUGGCCAAGGCGCGGAUUGAACAAGGUCUCAAAUGUGUCAAGAUGAACGCGACCGAGGACCUCAACUGGCUCGACUCCCCCGCCUCUCUCCAGUCUUGCGUCGAGCGCCUCAAGCGAGUGAAGGCAUUGGGUCUGGAUGCUGGUCUGGAUUUCCACGGCCGCCUACACCGACCCAUGGCCAAGCAGCUGGCCAAGGCCUUGGAGCCACACCAGCCGCUCUUCAUUGAAGAGCCCCUCCUCUGCGAACACCCCGAGGCGAUCAAGCAGCUGUCCAACCACACCACAAUCCCCAUUGCGUUCGGAGAGCGCCUCUACACUCGGUGGGAUGUGAAGCGAUUCUUGGAGGACGGUUCCGUCGAUGUGCUGCAGCCGGACAUCGCCCACGCGGGCGGCAUCUCCGAGACCAAGCGCAUUGCGACGCUGGCCGAGGCCUACGAUGUGGCGAUCGCACCGCACUGCCCCUUGGGUCCCAUUGCCCUCGCGGCGUCGAUGCAAAUCGCCGUGUCGACACCCAACUUUGUCAUCCAGGAGAUGUCUUUAGGCAUGCACUACAACUUGGAGGCGGGGCAGAUUGAUCUGAACAGCUACCUGAUCGACCAGACUGUGUUUGAUAUCAAAGAGGGCUAUGUCGCCGCUCCCACCAAGCCGGGUCUAGGCAUCGAGAUUGAUGAGGACUUGGUGCGCAAGAUUAGCCAAGAUACGGAGCCCUGGCAGCCCAAGGAGUUUUAUGGGCCAGAUGGCUCCAUUCGGGAAUGGUAG